CACCGUGGCCUCUCUUUCCGGUGCAGGCGUGUUAGCAGCACUAGCUGCCUGUCGACGUCACACCUCUUCCGAGGGUUUUAGUGUUUUGUGUUUUAAGUGUUUGUCCCUGGCACUGGUCCGAGUGUGCUCCGCCAUGACCAUGUACCAGGUAAAGCCCGUCUCUCCGGACAUAAAGAUUGAUUUGCCCACCUGCAUGUACAAGUUACCAAAUAUCCACACGACUCAAGAGAACAGCUGCAGCUCGGACCAUGUGCUUCAGAAUGGUGACGUGGACCCAGCAGUCAAGGCUCUGGAGGCGCGUCAGGAUGAGAUCAUGAGGAAGCUGUACGAGCUGAAAGCGGCGGUGGAAGGCCUCGCCAAGACUGUGACGACCCCAGAUGCGGAUCUGGAUGUGACUGUCAGCAGCAGCCUCUCCUCACAGAGCUCCAGCUGUGACAUCUUUAAAGCAACUAAAAACCUUGACGCACUUCUGGGGAAGGACCUGGGUGCUCUCCGUGACAUCGUCAUAAAUGCAAACCCUGCGCAGCCUCCCCUCACGCUGCUGGUUCUCCACAGCCUGCUGUGUCAGCACUAUCGGGUUCUCUCCACUGUCCACGUCCACUCUUCGGUCAGCAGCGUGCCGCCACAGCUCCUGUCCUGCCUGGGACCCAAACACGCAGACAGUUACGCUCGCCAUAUGUUCCAGCUGGGCUUCACCCUCAUAUGGAAGGAUGUUCCCAAACUGGAAAUGAAGUUCAGCAUCCGCAACAUGUGUCCCAUUGAGGGCGAGGCCAACGUAGCACGCUUCCUCUUCAAGCUACUCGCUCCCUACCCCAGCAACCCCGCUGCGGCUACGCUGGUGGACAGCUGGGUGGACAUUGCUUUCUACCAGCUGGCAGACGGCAGCGCCAAGGAGCAGGCCGCUGUCCUGCGGGCCCUCAGCUCCGCUCUGGGUCAUGCCCCCUGGCUCUGUGGGCCGGAGUUCUCCCUGGCCGAUAUUGCCUGCUACUGCUGUUUGUCGCAGAACGGCUCAACAUCCGCCACUGCCGCUAACGUUCAACGCUGGAUCAAGUCCUGCGAGAACCUGGGCCACUUUGGUCCUGCCAAGCUCCUCCUAAAGUGACCGGGGCUUUUCUAGGACCACAUGCAACAUAACAGAGGGGCAUUAGAAUAAAAAAUUAUCUCAGCUAUGUCUUGAACUCCUUCUAAUUCUUCCCCACCCUAUUGUAGUGUACUGACAGACUCGGUGGGUAAAGUCAUGUUAAAGUAUUUAUUUCUCCCAUGCUGCUUUUAUUAAACGGGGGGAAGCAUGAGAGGAUUGCAUAGACAAGCCCUUGGUAAAUUAAGUUUAAGUACUGAGGGAGGUAAUAAAACAAACACAAUGACUACGCACUCUCCUCCAACUUUGUGCCUAACAUGAUCCUGUUCUAAACGUGUGUUAAUGUGUGGGGUGUGACUAGGUCUUUUCACAAGUAAUACUUUAUACAAUUUGUUUUCUUAAAACAUUAAAAGACUUAAAUUUGGAUCAAACUUUAAA